GCGUACCAAAAUGGCGACAUAGCCAUCGAUGCUGGUUCUGUCUCUUCUGUUUAUUGUGAACGUAGUUUCUGCAUUCAAUAUAAACAUCAAAGAAUUUCAUUUGACUUUUCUAAGUACACAACACAAAAAGAAAAAAAACAAAAUCGUUUACGGAUUCUUUGGAUUUUUUAUUGGAAAUACGCAAUAAUUUUGUUGAAAAUUCAACAAAGAAAUUCAGACGAUUUUUGCCGGUGACUGUGUAAAUAGCAAAAACAAAAUCUUUUCUUCCAAAUGAAAAAAUAGCCCGAAUCAAAGAGGAUGGAUGAUUUCAAUCACAUGAUGGAAUAUCAAUCACAAAUGAUGACUAGUGUGAAUCGAACGGACGAAUGUGUCGAGACCCAACAACAUGAAGAGUUCGUCGAAUCGUGUACGCCUCAAGAAGUGGCUGAGCCGAGCAGCAAAAAAACCACCGCAGACGAAAGUCAAACCAAUGUGGACGGUCAAUCUGUCUCUGACAAUGCUGAUGAAAUUUCAACGCCAGCAAAGGAUGAUGCACAUGAAUCGGCCCAGUUGGAUGAUAGAUGUGCGGUUGAUUCAAACGAGUGUGAGAACAAAACAAAUGUAUCAGUGGCCAGUGAUGAAUUAAAAACUCAAGUAGAAAUACCACCUGAGACGGAAAAAAUGCCUGAGACAGAUGGCGACGGUGUUGGUGAGAGUGGUGACAACGGUGGCGACGACGGUGAUAAUGAUGGCAAUGAUGUUGAACGCGACGAUAAGAUUAACGAUCAAAUCGAAUCGAACGAACAAAAUGCCACGGAAGCAGAAGCAAAGACUAAAAAACCGGAUGAAAUUGAAUUGAAUCAAUGCCGAAUUUGUAUGUCGCCAGAGAAUUUGUUGGAUAUUUUUCGCAUUGGUGAAAAGACCAGCUUUCGUAUAUGUGAUUUGAUAAUGAAACUUGCGCCAUCCGUUAAAAUAAAUGAACGUGAUUAUUUACCGCAUUCAGUGUGUGGUAAUUGUGUGGAUCGCGUCGAAGCCGCAUACGAAUUACGUGUACAAUGUGAAGAAACUGACAAAGUGCUGCGAUCCAAAUUGAAACGUAGCAAAAAAACACGCCGUGCACCGUCCGAAUUUGUGCUACUCGAUUGUGUGGAAUCGAGCAGCGAUUCGGAUGAUGAUCAAAAGAGUGACGAUGAAUUCCAAUUGUCGGAGGAGAGUGAAGAGAGCAGCGAAUCGGACAGUGAAUCCAGUUAUGAUGAGAAAAAGAAACGAUUACCAAGUUUACGUGGUCGAAGACGUGGACCGCCGCCGCAAACCUUAAAACGACCCAUUCCCACCACCGUUACACAUCAGCCGCAGCCAUUGAAAAAGUCCCGCAAUAAUAGCGUUGUAUAUAUUAAGGCUGUGAAAAGUGAUGACGAUGACGAUGGCGGCGGCGGUGGUGCAACGAAAAAAGGGCAACCAGUGAAACCUAUCAAAUCACCAAUUGCAACACGAUUGCAAUUCCGAUGUGAUGUAUGUAAUCGCCCGUGUGGCACGGCCCAAGCACUGGCACAACAUCGUCGUACACAUGUCGAUGAAAAGUGUACCAUUUGCGCGAUGGUAUUCAAGCAACGAUCCGCACUGAUGCAGCACAUGCAACGGCAUCGUGAAGAUCCGGAACGCAUUUGUAAAAAGUGUCAUCGUGUGUUCACAUCGAAAAUCGAAUGUCAACGUCAUGUUCAAGUUUCGCAUCCCGAAACGGCCGUAUGCCAAAAAUGUAAACGAUACUUUCCAAAUAAGAGUCAACUUGAUGCGCAUAAAUGCAAUUCCAUCGUCACAGCCGCCACCAACAACGAUCGAAAACCAAUUGAAACCACAUCGAAACGAAAAAACGACACCGAUACAACAACAGUGUCCGGACGUGAUCUCUUCAAAUCAGUUGCACCACUUACCACCACCUAUUGGAGUGAUAGUUUCUCAGAUUGAACACACACAGAGAGAGAGAAAGAAAGAUAACACACACAUUCAAGUACGGUACAAUAUAUGCUGCGACAACAAUCAUACAAAACACAGUCAAACAAAUGCGACGCCACGACGUGAGCAAAAAUUCUAAACUUUUUCAACUGGAACGAGUACAAAAUGUGUGGGCGCAUAUGUACAUUAAUCAAAAUUGACACAUAAUGCAAUAUCGUUGAUUCCAAUGUACUUUCCGUUCAUUUUUCGUCGUCUUCUUUUUUUUGUGUUAUCUAAUAUUUGAAUGUGUCCGCUUCCAAUUGUUGCCGAUAAAUUAUAAGAAGAACAUUCAUGUUAUCCAGCAUACGGUGUGAUGUAUCGAAUUGAAGAUAUGAAAUAGAAAUAUGCUAAUUUAAAUUCGUUUUCUUUUCUUCGAAUGUUUCUGUCAAUUCAAACUGAUUAUUUUUCGUUGGUUGCUUGCUUGCUUGAUAUUUUCGUAGCGUCGAUUAUUUACGUGCAAUCAAAAAUCAUGGGAAAAUUGAAUAAAGUAUAUUCGGUGUUCAUCAGAUGAAUAGCAAUGGCAAUACAACCACAACAACAACAACAACAACAACAGCAGCAGCAGCAAUAAAAAAAAGGUGUUACAAUCAUUUCAUUCAUAACAUUAAGCGAAUUAUUUGAAUUAUGUGUCAUACAUUAUGGAAAUAUGAAUAUUUGUACACGUCUCCUUCUAGAAUAACAUUUUAGAGCAACAGAAAUACCGAAUUUGUAUGAAUAAAAGGAAAAUCAAAUGAAAAAAAAAAACAAUAAAAUUCAUUCAUUUAAAUUUC